UGCCUUGGCUUUACAGUAUAGCUAUGAAGUUUAUCGCCGUUUUCACUUUCAUUUCGGUGUGGUCUACAUCGCUGGCAGUGCUUCCAUCUUACUCUCCUGCAAUAAGGAACAAUGCAGUAAUGCGCGACGAGAUAAUCAAGGACUAUUUUAAUCUUGGGCUUACUGCACCUGAAAUCGCAUUAUUUCUCGUAAGUGUACAUGGUAUCGGGAUCUCGUUAAGACAAUUGAAAAGAAUACUCAGACGAUUGGGAUGUACGAGACGUCGGCGUCGAAGUAAUUUGAAUGAGGUGGUAGAAGCAGUCGAGGAGGAACUGAAGGGAAGUGGAAGCCUUCUCGGAUAUCGAGCGAUGCAUCAGAGACUCAUCAAUCAGCACGGUCUUGAUACUACGCGGGAAGUCGUUCGACAUGUUUUGAGGGUUUUUGAUCCUGAAGGGGUGGAGCAUAGGUCACAACAUAGACUACGACUACGAAUUUACAGGCGUAAAGGACCAAAUUACUUAUGGCACAUUCACGGCUACGACAAACUAAAACCGUUUGGAUUCUGCAUUCAUGGUGCAAUUGAUGGCUUUAGUCGAAGGAUCCUAUGGCUGGAGGUUGCGUCUUCGAACAACGACCCUCGUAUAGUAGCUCAAUUUAUCUUAGACUAUGCAAGACAGUUAGGAGGUACGGUAAGGAUUGUACGUGGAGAUAGGGGAUCUGAGAACAGGAACUUAGCAGCUAUUUAGCGCUU